AUGGCUUCGUUGGUUGCUUCCUUGAAACUCGUGCUUUGGUGCGGGCACCAUCUCGGCACAGCAACCAUCCGCGACACUGCCCAGGCCAUCGAGACGGGCGUCGAGGCCACCGCCCGCCGACUGCUGCUCCUCCACUGGGACGACCUGCCCCCCUGGCGGCGCGACAACCCCUCCAUCCGGUCGGGCUACCGGCCCACCUCCAACUCCUUCUUCGCCUCCCUUCACAGCCUGCUCUACCUGCACAACGAGUCGGUCAACAUCUGGACCCACCUCCUCGGCGCGGCCGCCGUGGCCGUCGGCGCCGCCUGGGCGUACGGCUUCCUCCUGGAAGAGGUCAUCGCCCCUCGCUACGCGACGGCCAGCAGCGCCGACGCCCUGGUGUUUGCCUGCUUCUUUGCCGGCGCCUUCUGCUGUCUCGGGAUGAGCGCCGCGUAUCACACGCUGUCCAACCACAGCGAGGAGGUGGCCAAGUGGGGGAACAAGCUCGACUACACCGGCAUCGUGUUCUUGAUCGUGGGGAGUUAUGUGCCGGCGUUGUGGUAUGGCUUCUUUUGCUGGGCCAAGUGGUUGACCUUUUACCUGGGGGCCAUCGCGCUGCUUGGGCUGGGCUGCUUGGUGGUGUCGUGGUUUGAGCACUUCCGCACACCGGCAUGGCGGCCGUACAGGGCACUGAUGUUUGUUGGGCUGGGGCUCUCCGGCGUCGUGCCUGUCUUGCACGGCCUCACUUUCUACGGGUACCGCGAGCUCGACCAGAGGAUGGGGCUCAGUUGGGUGAUUCUCCAGGGUGGCCUGUACAUCUUCGGCGCCUUCUUAUAUGCGGUUCGGUUUCCAGAGUGCAAGUGGCCGGGCGCCUUCGACAUCUGGGGAAGCUCUCACCAGAUCUUCCACGUCUGCGUUUUGCUGGCGGCGUCGUCGCAUUUGUACGGCAUGAUCAAGGCGUUCGACUUCCAUCACGGCAUUCUCGAGGCACAGUGCUGA